AUGCGGCCCACGGGAUUUCACAGAAGCCAGCUGCUGUGGCGCGCCCUGGCGCCACUGCUGCUGUCGCUGGCUGCGUCGGCGGCGGCGCCCACCGCUCGCAGCGGCCUGAGCGCCCCACACACCGUCUUUGUAGCCGAGUGCAACGACUACAUGGACUGGCAGAGCAUCGCCGUGGUCUACUCGCACCGCAAGGCGGGCGUGGCUGGGCCCAUCACAAGGCUGCUCACCUGCAGCGAAGAGUCGCUGGCCAGCUACCCUAACCUGGGCCUGGUGCCGACGCACGUGGCGCCCAGCUGGACCUUCAACCCCCAUAAUAAUGAUACUUACCUCGCGUAUAAUAAGCCAGCUGCCAUCGCGCACUGGCUGCAGGAGGCGCCGCCCAAGGAGGACUGGGUGCUGGUCAUCGACCCAGACAUGAUCAUCCGGGACAACUUUGCAGACUGGGGGCGCGUGUACGGCGCAGAGCGGGGCUGGGCGGUCAGCGUGUAUUUUGGCUACAUGCAGGGCGUGGACAACAACCUGUCUGCCACACACAUCCCUGAGAUCCCGCCACGGGAGGAUGCGCUGGCGGGUGGGUGGGGGCCCCGAGGGCGGCGCGGCGACCAGGUCAGCGGCGUGGUGCUGAUGCACCGAGACGACCUGGCCUCCAUGGCCCCCAUGUGGCUGCACUACAGCGAGCUGGUGCGGGAUGACCCCAUGGCCUACAACGAGACGGGGGACGAGUGGGCGCAGCAGCCGGGGCGCAAGCCGUGGAUUGCCGAGAUGUACGGCUACAGCUUUGGGGCGGCGGUGGCGGGGGUGUGGCACCGCGUGGACCUCAUGGCGCAGCUCUACCCGGGGUACACAGCCUAUGACAAGCCCGUCAUCCUGCACUACGGCCGCCUGUGGGAGGUGGGGCCCAGCUGGCAGUUCCAGAAGCACUGGUUCUUCCACUUCAGGGCCCUGCAGUGCCCGCCGUGGCCCCACAUGAGCAGGCCGCUGGCAGGCAAGGGCGACUCGGCCGGCAUCGCCGGCGGCCUGUUUCCGCACCCGCCCCACCCCUCUGAGUUCCAAGGCCUGCCGGCCACAGAGCGGUACAAGGAGUUGCUGUCCAUCUCCGUCAUCGCCACCGUCAACGCCGCCCUGUGCGAGCGCCACCUGGUCAACUGCCCCGCCAGCGAGGAGCUGAAGAGGGAGUGCAGCAAGGCGAGCGGGGGAGGGGGUGGGUGGGCGCAGCAGCUGGAGCGGGAUGUGGAUGCUGCCAUUGAGGCGGUGGAGCUCGGCGGGCCGCCCGACUCGGAGCCCAUCUGCAAAGACAUGAAGCCUGCUGAGUGCCGCGCCUGGGCUCAGCAGGAGCUGUGCUGGCAGGACCCUCGCUUCAUGCACUGGCACUGCCGGGAGAGCUGCGGGCUGUGCCGCCUGCCCACGGGCCGCCCGCAGCGCUCCUUUGCCUCCGCCGACGCAGCCAGCGGCGGCGAGGCCAGCGGAGAGCAGCAGCGGCAGCAGCGGCAGCGACAGCAUGGGGCAGGGGCAGGGAAGGGAGAGGAGUGGCAUGCGCUCCAUGCGCUGCACGCCUCUAGGCUGCCUGGCGAGGGCGAGGACGGCGGCGACGGCGGCAGCAGAGGGGCGCGCUCCGACCUCACGCGCGGCAUGCUGUACGGCGCGCUGGCGGCCUGGGCCUUCCUGCUGGCGGCGGUGUUUGGCGCUCUGGUGCGCAGCGCCUGGUCCUCGCACCACGCUCGCCACGGGCCGGCAGCGGAGCAGAGGGCACGCCACGUGCUGGCCAGGGUGGCGGGUGGCGGCGGCGGCGGCAGCGGGCGUGCCAGCCCCAGCUUCCCCCUGCUCAGGUGA